AAAUUGGUUUAUUCUGCAGCAGCAAAUGCCAGUUACAGUCUGGGUUCCGAUGAAACAAAUUUAAUCAUUAGUAAAGCUGAAGUCAACGAGGGCACUACCAUUAAGAAAUUAAAACCUAGAGCUAGAGGACGUAGUUAUCCAAUAAAAAGACCUACUUGUCAUAUAACUAUUGUAAUAACAGAUAUAUCCAUAGAGGAAUAUGUAGAGAUAGACUAUCUCAAUGAUUUUUAAAAAAACUCAAUGAUUUAAAAAAAAACCUAGAUGAAAAAAUAAGUAGAUAGAUAUGACGUAUAAUGAUAUAUAUAUAUAGUAGUGAGGGAGUAUGGGACAAAAAAUAAAUCCACUUGGUUUCAGACUUGGUAUAACCCAAGGUCAUCAUUCCCUUUGGUUUGCACAACCAAAAAAUUAUUCUGAGGGUCUCCAAGAAGAUCAAAAAAUACGGGAUUGUGUUAAGAAUUAUGUACAAAAAAAUAUGCGAAUAUCCUCCGGUGUUGAGGGAAUUGCACGUAUCGAGAUUCAAAAAAGAAUCGAUCUGAUCCAGGUCAUAAUCUAUAUGGGAUUCCCAAAGUUAUUAAUAGAAAGCCGGCCGCGAGGAAUCGAAGAAUUGCAGGUGAAUCUACAAAAAGAAUUUAAUUGUGUGAACAGAAAACUUAACAUUGCUAUCACAAGAAUUGCAAAACCUUAUGGAAACCCUAACAUUCUUGCGGAAUUUAUAGCCGGACAAUUAAAGAAUAGAGUUUCAUUUCGCAAAGCAAUGAAAAAGGCUAUUGAAUUAACUGAACAAGAAAAUACAAAAGGAAUUCAAGUACAAAUUGCAGGGCGUAUCGACGGAAAAGAAAUUGCGCGUGUCGAAUGGGUCAGAGAAGGUAGGGUUCCGCUACAAACCAUUCGAGCGAAAAUCGAUUAUUGUUCUUAUACAGCUCGAACUAUCUAUGGGGUAUUGGGCAUCAAAAUUUGGAUAUUUAUAGACGAGGAAUAAUAAAACGUUCCGUGUCUUCCCUUUCCCUUCUAUCCGCUAAUAGAACAAAAAAUGAUAAACUCGUCCAUUCUUUUUCUGUUCAAUCAGAACAAAAAUAAAAAUGAGUAAUUCGAAUUCUUAAUUCUACAAGGUUGAAUAAAAAAAAUUCAAUUGACCAUUUGAUAUAAUUGCUAUGCUUAGUGUGUGACUCGUUAAUUUUUUUUCGGGUUAGGAUUAAAAAAAAAGACCAGCCCAUAGUAUGAACUAAUAACUAUAGAACUAAUAACCAACUCAUCACUUCGCAUUAUCUGGAUCUAAAGAACCAGUCAAGAUAUGAUAUAUCAAUCAUAUCAUUGUAGCAACUGAAUCUUUUUUGCAUAAACAAAAUAAAAAUCAACCUGAUUCUAAAUUGUGAAGCGAAAUAUAAAAGAAGGAUGUGGAUAAAUGGAAGGACGAGAGAAAGAGAGAAAAAGAAUAUCAAUGAUAUAUGAGUCCAAUAUGUAAGGUCUAUGAAUUAUCUCAUAAAAGGCAGUGUAAUAAAGCAUCAAUACUGUGAUUCAUCCAUAAUUAAAUGAAAUUGUUCAUAGAACAAAAAAAUCAAGAGCCUCGAGCCAAUAAAGACUGAGAAAAUUGACUCAAGAAAAAAUUUCAUUAAGAGCUCCAUUGUAGAAUUCAGACCUAACCAUUAAGCAAGAAGCGAUGGGAACGACGGAACCUAUGAAUGCGGAAGAUUCUAUUGAAACGGAAUCCUAAUGAUAUUCAGUGGUCGGGAUGGCGGAACGAACGGAGAACCAAUUCAUCUAUUCUGAGAAGUCAUGAGCUAACCCUACAACUGAAAUAGAUAUUGAAAGAGUAAAUAUUCGCCCGCGAAAACUUUAUUUUCUUAGAUUGCUAAAUUUUGAACAAUUCAAUACGAUAAGGGACAAAAUAAAAAAAAGAUUCGCUAUAGCCCUAUAAAAAACAAUAUUAUCUAUAAAUAGAAAUAUAUAUUUUAUAUGUUUAGUUAUAUAUCCAAAUAAGAUAUACAAAUUACUAAAUAAAUUAAAUGAAAUCUCAAAGAAUCCCACGAUUCAAUGUAUUAUUCAUUAAAUAUUAAAUACCUGUAUAUCUUCAAUUCUAUUUAAAUAUUUUAAAAUUUGAAUCCUUUUAUUCGCGAGGAGCUGGAUGAGAAGAAACUCUCACGUCCGGUUCUGUAGUAGAGAUGGAAGUGAGAAACAACCAUCAACUAUAACCCCAAAAGAACCAGAUUCCGUAAACAACAUAGAGGAAGAAUGAAGGGAAUAUCUUAUCGAGGUAAUCAUAUUUGUUUUGGUAAAUAUGCUCUUCAGGCACUUGAACCCGCUUGGAUCACAUCUAGAUAAAUAGAAGCCGGACGACGAGCAAUGACACGAAAUGCACGUCGUGGUGGAAAAAUAUGGGUACGUAUUUUUCCCGACAAACCGGUUACAGUAAGACCUACAGAAACGCGUAUGGGUUCGGGGAAAGGAUCCCCUGAAUUUUGGGUAGCUGUUGUUAAACCGGGUCGAAUACUUUAUGAAAUAAGCGGAGUAACAGAAACUAUAGCCAGAAAGGCUAUUUCAAUAGCGACGUCAAAAAUGCCUAUACGAACUCAAUUCAUUAUUUCGGGAUAAGAAUGCAGAACCAAAGGAAAUAGGUCUUGGGAAUGAAAAAAAUCGCAGGUUUUGCUUUUUGGACAACCAAUAUUUCUUUUUUUUCUUCGACCUUUGCA